GCUUCAUCCGAACAAGCAGGCCAUCGCUGAACCGACAUGGCUCCCGUUGUAGGAUGAGGAGUCGAUUUUAAUACCAUGGUCUCCAAUUCCGCUGAUUCUGUCUCUCCUUCAACCAAGACAAAUCGCCAAAUGUCAACCAUGCCUUCAGCCGAACCCAUCAGGGUGUUGGUCUUCUCUCGCACCGUAGCCUAUCGCCACGACUCUAUCCCGGCUUCCAUAAAGGCUCUGGAAGACCUUGCGGCAACUUCCGUGACCACUUCCCAGCCGUUUGUUACGACAGCAACCGAGGACCCUACGAUAUUCACACCCUCCGGCCUCUCGCAGUUUCGUGUCAUUAUCCUUCUGCAAUGCUCCGGCGAGUUCCUCGAUUCUUCCCAGCUCGAGGCACUCAAGGGUUUCGUCCACUCCGGCGGUGGCGUGAUAGGUCUCCACUGCGCCAGCUUCGCUAUGGAGUCGAGUGAGUGGUAUGGCCGUUUGAUCGGUGGUGUCUUCAAGGACCACCCAGAGCCGCAGAUGGCCAAGAUCCGGCCUGUUGUCAACAACAUGGACCAUCCUCUCCUGACUGAACUUGUCAAAAGACCCCAACACGAGAGCGAGGGAAAGAAGACAAUGUUCGGUGUGACGACGGACAAGGAGUGGGUGUGGGAUUGGUUCGAUGAAUACUACAACUUCAAGACGAACCCGUGGGAUAACCCGCAUCUCCAGAUUCUCCUCGAGGUUAACGAAGAGACUUAUACCGGAGGAACACACGGCGAGCGUCACCCUCUUGCAUGGGCCCAGGAGUUCGAGGGCGGCCGGUCAUUCUACAACUCUCUUGGCCACUUUAGUGACGCAUAUCUGGAGGACCCCGGGUUCAUGGCAUUUAUCUACAAGGCCAUUUUAUGGACCGCAAGAUUGGACAACUGAAGUGAGCAAGGUGAAUGGUCCCCGUAGGUUAGGUUGUCAGAGCCAAUAUUGGACGAAGCCGAAGGUGUUGUUUGCUGCACUUCCCCUCUGUACCCCACUAUACUUUUAGCGGCUUCGAGGCAUCUCAAGCCAACCACAUCAUCGAUCUUCUACAAUCUCGACCUCAUACCACUUGUGAAUCAUCCUUGCCCCCGUUACCUACUCCCCGUCAAAACUAGGCACAUCCGUUACCCCUUUGAUGACUAUAAAGACUCAAGUAUAAGCUCUUC